GCAGAAAUAAAUAGCCAGAAGUGUAUCAAAUAAACAAACAGACGUUACAGAAAUAAUCGGCAACAAUGUUUUCAAUUUAACUUUCUUUCCUUGUUUUAUUUUUUUUUCAAUCGAAUUAUUUAAAAUGUAUGUGUCCGUUUCCCUUUUUUAUCGUUUAAAGUGGAGCUCUCAUCUUGUUGUUGGUGUUUUGGAAAUUAUAUUUUUAUUUCGUUUUCCUGGAUAUUCUCGAAGAAGAAUUCAGUUUUAGAAGAUGUAAAACUGCAAAUAAACAUUGAAGAUAAAAUAUACUUAAUUUUAUGAAUACAGUCUCAACAAUUUGUCCAUGAGUGUCAAAUUAAAGAAGAGGCUAACCUACGGCACAAUAUUAUUAUUCAAUUUAUUUACUGGUCUAGGAUAUGCUAUAAUUUUCCCUACAAUAUGGAAUUAUAUUCACAAGCGUUUAAAAGGAGAAUCAGAUAUGCUUGGCAUCAUAAUUGCAGCAUACAGUCUAUCUUCAUUUUUUGCCAACCCUUUAAUUGGAUGGUGGAACGACAAAAGUUUAAAUACAAAAAUGAUCUUGCUUGUAACCAUUCUGGCAGAAAUGAUUGGUAGUUUGCUAUACUUUGUCGGCAUGCACACGUGGGUGUUGAUAAUUGGCAGAUUGAUUUCAGGUGUUGGAGCUGGUGGUGGGGCUGCUGUUUUAGCAGAUAUUACACGCACUACAUCUGAAGAUGAAAGAACUCCUGUUCUCUCUGUUGUUAUUGCAUCACGUCAACUUGGACUAAUUUUUGGGCCAGCUUUUAAUAUUUUUCUUUCUAAAAUUGAUUUUAGUUUAUUUUCCCUGCCAGUGGAUGAAUAUUCAUCUCCAGGACUUUUUAUGGCCUUUUUAUGGUUAUGCUUGGAAAUUAUUGUUCUUUUUUGUUAUACCAAUCUCACCACAUUAAAGGAUAAUGAAGAAGUAGAGAAAUUGUUUGAAAACUAUAACUCUGGCGUAACUGGUAGCAUUCCCUAUGCAGAGUUAGAUAACCAGUCCACAUUAGAAGUUGCCUUCACUUCUUCUUACCCCCCUUAUUCAGGUACUGUCACUCCCAAUCAGGAGGGUCUAGCACCACCCACUAUUUCCCUCAGUGCCUCACAACCAAACCUUCACAUCGAAUGGUUAGAAGAUAGUGAUGUUUUCCCUCCAUUGAGAAGGGAAGAGAUUGAGUCGAUUCAUUGUCAAGCUAUAGUGCCUGAUUCUGAAAUCAUUGCCGAAAAACAGAACAAAUUGAGAGUGAAGAGACUUAAAAAUCUUGAACGUCAAGAAAGUGUUUCUGACACUAUGAUUGAAUCUGCUGAAAGACUGAUUUUAAGUUCAUCUGGUUCAUAUAGAAAAAUAGUCGGGGAAAAUGUUGAGGUGAGCUCUGAAUCAACAACUCCAAAAAGGUCUAGUAGUCCUCGUAGCACACCAUACUCUUCUGCACCUGUGUCUCUGCCAGAUGAAACCUCACAUUUACUUGGGCACGUAAGAAAGGAUUACUUCAGAGAUGAAAUUAUUGUCUUACUUGGAUUAGCUUUUAUUUCUUGUUUUGCACAAACUGUAUUAGAAACAGUUGUUACACCACUUGCUCAAAAAUAUUACAAUUUUACUGAAAUGGACAACAGCUACAUUUACUUGGUUGCUGGUAUUGAAGUUAUUUUGGUAUAUGCUGUUAUUAAAUAUGCAAGCAAGCAAGUUUCUGAUAGAUCUUUUAUUAUAUUUGGGUUAUUUACCUUGAUUGUUGCCAUGAUCCUUCCCAUUAUUUAUGUUCCUUCUGCUGUGCCUGGGGAUAAUUCUACUCUAUAUUACUUUAUUACGACAAUUGUUGUUGAUCUAAUUGGAAUUGCAAUAAUUGUUGUAUGUUCAGCAUCUUUAUUGUCCAAAAUUACUGAUGAAAACAGCCAAGCUUUAUUUCAAGGAUUUCGACGAAGUAUGUGUAGUCUUGGCUGUAUUGUGGGCCCUAUUUGGGGUGGAGCCUACUUACUGCAUGUAUAUGCACUGUUUUCUAUUCCUUUAGCUGUCAUCGUCUUUAUUACCGUUCUCUUUGUACUCUCAUAUAAAAAGUUCAACAUCGAGCGAUUGUGAAAAUCUAUUCUCGUUAAAGCCUUUUAACUUUGCAAUAUUUUUUUUUAGUUAUUAUUCUUACUCAAGUCUUUCUAUGUUCACCAAAUGUUGUGUUAUACAUUCCAGAUAUAUAGAUAAAAUUAUGUUGAUUAAACGUAUGUAUUUUA